UGUGUCUGCAAUUUCUGCACCUCCUCUUUCUUUCCUUGCCUCUUGCUUCUCUCUCUCUCUCUCAAUCCUUGAGUGUGCAAACUGCUCUUGCCUCCACUCUCCCGGCACCUGGUCCUUUUUUUCCUUGGCUGGCGCAUCUUUCUCUCCGGCAAACAUCUGGAUGCCACGGUGUCCCUUCGGAUGAGGAUGAAGACCACCAAAUGGAUCUGGGAAAGUAUCUUCAUGAGCCACUGCGCUUGGCUGAAGGGAGCCUUUGCCAUAGCUGUGAUUGUGGGGAACGUUGCCUUGGCAAUAGCACAGGAUCACGCACCGGCCUCAAACAGCCUUGAAGAAGGUGGGACCGACAUUACGGCAUAUUGGUGGGGCGAGUGGACGAAAUGGACGGCCUGCACCCGGACGUGUGGUGGGGGAGUCAAGUCCCAAGAACGGCACUGCCUCCGACAAAGAAGGAAGUCGGCAACGGGGUUUCUCAACAAGACAUGCACCGGGACUUCCAAGAGGUACCAGCUGUGCAAAGUGCAACAGUGCCCCCCGAAUGGUCGGAGCUUCCGCGAGGAGCAGUGCUCAUCCUUCAACUCACACGUGUACAAUGGGCAGACCUAUCAAUGGAAACCUUUAUAUCCCGAUGAUUAUGUCCACAUCUCCAGCAAGCCCUGCGACCUCCACUGCACCACUGUCGAUGGCCAACGGCAGCUGAUGGUCCUGGCCCGGGAUGGGACCUCCUGUAAAUAUGUGGAUUUCCGAGGGGUUUGCGUGUCUGGAAAAUGUGAGCCCAUUGGAUGCGACGGGAUACUGUUCUCGACCCACACUUUGGACAAGUGUGGCGUGUGCCAGGGAAACGGGAGCAGCUGUACCCAUGUCACUGGGAGUUACAGGAAGGGCAAUGCACACCUCGGCUACUCGCUGGUGACUCACAUUCCGGCCGGAGCAAGAGAUAUCCAGAUUGUGGAACGGAAGAAGUCUGCGGAUGUUCUCGCUGUAGCUGACGAAGCCGGUUAUUACUUCUUCAAUGGCAAUUUCCGAGUCGAUAGCCCCAAGAAUUUCAACAUUGCGGGGACCAUUUUCAAAUACAGGAGGCCGAUGGACAUUUACGAGACUGGGAUCGAAUACAUUGUAGCUCAAGGGCCAACCAACCAAGGCUUGAACAUCAUGGUUUGGAACCAAAAUGGAAAGAACCCAUCAAUUACAUAUGAGUACACCCUCCUGCGGAGGCCACAUUUGAAAAAUAUGCAGCCUGUGUACUAUACCUUCUCUGCAUCUGAGAGCGAGGAGAGCCAAGAGGUGGAGGGCGAGCAGCCCUUAGGGUUUGUUCAGCGCAAUGCGAGCUUCUUUGGGACUCUGUCCAAAGAAAAGAUCCACCUGGAGAACCGCAUGUUUGGCCGGCCAGACACAGCGGAAGACCUGGACUUGAGCAAAAUCCAGGAGACCAAUGAAGUCUAUGAAAGGAUGGAAACCAAGGACUGCGAUCCAGCCUUGAAUGGGAAAGAAACCAAAGAUUCAAAUGUCACCAAAUCCAAUUACAUGGUUGAAGGAAACAGGCGAGAACUGGACUCCCGGCUGGCUUCCAAAGAAUUCCUCUCUGAAAAUGCCAUUACCCACAAACUGUUGGAGAGGACGUCCGACUCGAAAGAAUCAGACCAGAACAAGACCACCAACAGUAUCUUUUCUUCAAAGAAACUCACCAAUUCUGUUGGGUCCCAUGCUGACAGCCUUUAUGUCGAUUAUGACGACACCGAUGAGGCCGUGGCUUACGCUGUCAAUGGCACAUUCCUGGAAUUAAGCAGCGACAAAACCAUCAACACCUCUUCUGAGACCCAAUUUUCCAACUCCACUAUCUCUGUCGCAAUUCCUCAAGGGAAUAGAACCCACAAAACCAGGAACCGGUUGAAACUGUUCCGAAAGGGCCAAAACAUGAGUCCGGCGGAUAUGUACCGAUGGAAGCUGUCAUCCCACGAACCCUGCAGUUCAACCUGUACAACAGGUGUGAUGUCCACCUAUGCCAUGUGCAUCCGCUACGAUGGGAUCGAAGUGGAUGAUAUGUAUUGCGAUGCCAUGACCCGUCCUGAGCCUGUCCAUGAAUUCUGCGCUGGAAGGGAAUGCCAACCUAGGUGGGAAGCCAGCAGUUGGAGCGAAUGCUCCCGCACGUGUGGCGAAGGGUACCAAUUCCGCAUCGUCCGCUGUUGGAAGAUGAUCUCGCCCGGGUUCGACAGCUCCGUCUAUAGUGACCUGUGCGAGUCUGCUGACAUCAUUCGCCCGGAAGAGCGGAAGAUCUGCAAAAACCCAGCGUGUGGGCCACAGUGGGAGAUGUCGGAAUGGUCCGAGUGUACAGCAAAAUGCGGUGAGAGGAGUAUUGUGAGCAGGGACAUCCGGUGCUCAGAGGAAGAGCGGUUGUGUGACCCCAGCACCAGGCCACCCGCCGACAAGAACUGCACGGGAUCCCCUUGCGACCGGCAGUGGACUGUCUCGGACUGGGGACCGUGCAGUGGGGGCUGUGGACAAGGACGAAUGAUCCGCCACGUCUACUGCAAAACCAGCGAUGGACGUGUGGUACCAGAAUCACAGUGUAACCUGGAGACCAAACCGCUUGCCAUCCACCCCUGUGGGGAUAAGAACUGUCCUGCCCACUGGUUGGCCCAAGACUGGGAAAGGUGUAAUACCACCUGUGGCCGAGGGGUAAAGAAGCGGAUUGUGUUGUGCCUGGAGAUCGUCAAUGGGAAGCUCAAAACCCGCAGCCCGACAGAAUGUGACAUCACCAAGAAGCCGAUAGAGGAAACCACCUGCUUUGAGCGGCCUUGUUUCAAGUGGUACACCACCCCGUGGUCCGAGUGUACCAAAACCUGUGGCAUUGGCGUGAGGAUGAGAGAUGUGAAAUGUUACCAAGGGAAGGACCUCGUCCGGGGCUGCGACCCUCUUGUGAAACCCGUUGGGAAGCAGACAUGCGACCUUCAGCCCUGCCCGACUGAACCACCAGAUGACAGCUGCCAGGAUCAAGCAGGCACCAACUGCGCAUUGGCCAUUAAGGUGAACCUCUGCAGCCAUUGGUACUACAGCAAAGCGUGCUGCCGGUCCUGCCGAGCCCCGCACUCCUAAGCAAGGACAGAUGGAGUGAGGGACUCACCGCAACGAGCCAGAUGGACGGACCGACGGAUAGCUGGGUGCGGCCUGGUGGUGGAGGACCCCCACUUGUUGGCAUGGAAAGCAAGGGCCAACUGCGAUCCUAGGCAUCCGUCCGAGCAGGCUUCUCGUUCACCCAACUCUUUCCCAAGAUGGACACUGGUGUUGUUGACCCCAUGACUCUGUCAUCUUUGACCCCACAACCCUGUUGUCUUUGACCUCACGGCCCCAUUGUUUUUGACCCUACAAUCCCAUUAUUGUUGACCCCAUGGCUCUGUUGUCUUUGACCUGAACCACCUUAUCCUUCUUCGCCCCAACACAUCAUUGGCAUACUAUUGUUGACUGACCUCCCCGUUGCUUGCCGAGAACAGAUGUGUAUGUAGAGCCUUGAAUAUUUCUCUGAAUUGCUCUUGAAAAGUAUAGAAAAAGACAGACGUACAUAUCACUGUGUUACAAAUAAUAGCACUCAACAUCUAAGAAAGUCUAAGCCAUCCAACCAGUUCUACGAGGAAUACGAACUUAGUAUAUUCUCUUAGAUGGUUAUUUGUGUUAUUGUUCCUAGCAUAUGAAACUGAGGCAUCUUGGGAGGGAAUUUGUAGUAUUUUUUCCAUAUCUUUCAUAUGUGUUAGUAAACUUGUCAGUCUGCCAUCUUUAUUUUUGUUCAUUAUUGGUGCUUGAAUUUCGUUUGCCUCGCUUUCGAAGCCAGGUUUGAAUGGAAACAAACCCACAUCCCUUCGUUUUCUCAACCCCCCACCCACCCAUCUCAUCGCUCCUCCGAGUAAUUUUGUAUAUGUACGCCAUCUUUCUAAUUUGCAUACAUUUGCAUCCAAAGGUUUCCCUGACCAGCCUAACUAGGAAUUGUGGGAGUUGAUGUCCAAAACACCCAUACCUGGCUUGGACUGAAUUGAGUCUCUACCUGUUGAAUUAUUGUUUGUUCUUUCCUCGUGACACAUUCCCAUUCCUCGUUU